GCUAGCACGCGCUGAAUAGUGAAGGCGACCAGCGGUGAACGAGAGACUUUAUGCCAAUUUUAGCCUAAAAUACAAGUUUACGUUCGGUAUUUCAGUAAGUUAGAGGUGAGUUUUAUAACUUUAAUAGAAUUGAUAGUACCUUAAACGUUCUACUUGUGCUUUACAUGGCAAGUUUUAAAUAACAUUUAAAUACAUUUUAUAUAAUAAUAAUAAUAAUAAAGAGUGUAGGCUGUAAAGCACAGCAGAUACUUAAAAAUCAACUACACCGGGGAUAAUGAAUUAAAGUAAUAGAACAACAUUAGGUAUAUAUUAUUAGUUUAACAUUAUUCCAAAAUAAAAGUCAGUUUAAAAUGUCUUAAAAUUUCCUUUUAAGAAUAACAGACCUACAGAGAGCUUGCCAUUUAAACGUUAAGAAUCAAACUUUUUUGUCAGUUUAGUGACAUCGAAACAGAAAGUGGUCCUCAUAAUUUUUUUUUCAUCGCACACACAAGGAACAUUUAAAAUAAUAGAGUGCUUAAGGUCCUUAAGAGAAGGAAUGACACACAUACUGUAUAACUUAUUCAAAAAUCUAUAGCAGAUUUUUGAAUAAGUUAUACAGUAUGUGUGUCAUUCCUACUCUUAAGGACCCCAUGGCCAUGCACCAUCUGGUUGGGAGCUCAAAAGAUGUCUUCAUCUGAGAAUGCAUAUUAGGACAACUUUUAAACCAGCAGUUUGUCAAAUAGCAUUUUACUAUAAUAACUGCAAACAUGCAAAAACAUACUGCAUCUCAGAAGCGAAGUGAUAUAAUUUGUUGUUUUUUUAGAUAGAAAAUACAACCUGUUCUAAAAGAAACAAUAGACAAACAAAAAGAAAUAUGCUAAACAAAUAUUUGGCUCUGCUCAUAAAUUUUUGUUACGGACAAAGCCCUCCUGCGGAAAUUCAGCUGUGUAGUGACGGCAGCUCCCUAUAGCCAUUGUGAGGAUGAAAGGAACAGGAAGACACCACUGUAAGUCCAGAAAACUCAAGUUCACUGCUUCAUUCUCUGGCCUUCCUGUUUUUCAUUCCUCAGAGGCGUACGCUGCUCCUUGCAUUCCUCCUCCUGACUAAUGGCAUCCAUACACGGAGAAAAAUUGUUUCCUUCUUGAGGAUUAUUUGUUUUUUUGUUGGUGUUCCUGUUUUCCCCUGAUCAGGUCGGGAAUGGUGGAGUAGGACGGUCAUGUGGUGUAGGAGAAAAAAGAGGCACAGACAUCGGAAUGCCACAGGUUGUCUCACUGCUGCCCCUCCUUCUAGCGCUCAUGGGAUGUGCAUUUGCAGGGCUCAGUGUCUGGCCCUCCUUCCAUGUCGCCCUUAGCGACGGCAGUGUGUUUGUGAAUUUCAUCACAAAAUCCAACGGCAGCACCACCAGCAACGCGAGUCUCUCUCUGGUUGACACGGAAAGCAACACCACCCUUCUGACCAGGACUCUCCCUAACAACCGGCCGGCCGGUAGGGAGGAGUUUGACUGCUCCUGUUUCUUGUAUGCAGGAACUUUCCGGUUCCUGCUGAGGCAAGUCAGCGUUGCCAGCGUUUCUCGUGCCAACGGCACAGAAAUCAGUAGCGCGCAGAGCGUUACCUGGUGGUGGAGUUCAGAACUGCAGGUUCAGUGGCCCACCUUUCACAUUGCCGUGGACAGAGUUGGAAACCGUUCAGGGUCUUUUCAGAUUGGGAUAUUCACCAAUCAACACUUCCAGGCCUGCUCCAGAGGUGUUGACUCCGCUCUCACCCUAGAGGUCAGCUUCAUGGAAUACAACCAGAUAGGGCGAAACACCAUCGACAAGGUCAAAGACCGCACGCAGCAUCCGAUCAAGCCGCUCCGUUCCCAGAGCGUCGAGCUCUCCUGUGCCUUCCCAUUCACGGAGAGAGACUUCAUAAAAGUGGCUCUGCGGUCCUCUCACGCAGCGCAGGAGGUGAAGAGCUCGGGACCCCUCUAUCUGUCCCGUAUCUUCUCCUACAAACUGCUGGUGGAAAACGCCAAUGCCUACAAGAGCGGGUGUGAAGGGACCAUGACUGUGAAAUUGAUAACCCCGCCGUGUGCUCACGUCAACGGGAAAGUACAGCUGUAUAACGACCCGGGAAGAGGCGUUUCCUCCGCAGUGACGGGGUUGGGACCCGAGGAGCCGCCUUCUCCUCCGCUGGCCUUCAACUGGCUGACUCAGGGGGAAAACGAGACGGAGUUCAACUGUUCUGUUUUCUACCCUGGCAAAAAUAAGUACUGCUUUCGAUUUGUUUUCAACUUCAGUCGCUCCCCCAGUCCAGCACAGACUUGUCUGGAGGUGUACAGGAGUGCAGAGUCAUGGGGCCCCUGGAAGCCCUGGAGCUUGUGCAGUGUGAGCUGCGGAGAGGGGGUGAGGGAACGAGUGCGCGAGUGUUUACUGCCCUCUGGUGUACGAGGGACGCAGUGCACUGGCAUGGAGAAGGAGCAGUCUAUGUGCUCGCUGGAAGACUGUGGCGCGUCACCUGCUCCUUCUCCAUCUCUUCCCCCCGUAUCUCUCGGAGCUGCACCCCUGGGUGCUAACAUGGUUGUAGUGGUCGGCAUCUCCUUUUGCCUGGCCGUGAUCAUGGCCACUGUCGUGGUGACAGUUUGGAGAAAGUUCUGCCAGACUCCGCAGUGCAGCUCCGUGCGUAGAACCUCCACGCAUUCCCCCGGCGGCCGCAAGCUCUCAGACGAGGCCUCCAUCUGCGGGCACAGCCUCCAGAGGCCCAGCCUGUCCGAAGCUCACGGCCCGUCGGGAGGCGCGGGCGUGGGCGUCGGCCAGAAAGACAGGCCUCCGCUGGCGAGUCCGCCCCUCACGCAGAGCUUGGCGAUGCCACUCUCGCAGGACGCGGACAGAUUGUCUCCCACAGGUCAGAAGGUGUUGCCGCCAAUAUUUGGGUACCGGCUGGCUCAGCAGCAGUUGAAAGAGAUGAAGAAGAAGGGUUUAAAAGAGGCCACACAGCUGUACCAUGUCUCCUCAAGCCCCGUCCAUGACACUGCGAUGGAGACAUCUGCUUCAGCCACCAGCUCUCCUACGCCGACCGGAUUUGUGCACUCUGCGCACACUUUGACCCUGCAGGAUGACGCCGACCGCAACCACUUCCGCAUCACCGCUCCCUUUUCCGGGUUGCCGCCUCAGACCAGGGUCGCGCCGGACAGGCUGAGUCCCAGAGUGGAACUGGUCUUGGGUCCUCCUGUCUCCGCACGCGCGAGUCGCGGCAGCGCCAAAUGGCGUGACCGCACAGCGGACUGGGUGGAGAUGGUAGAGAGGAGCGGGUUGGGACGUCCAAGAGGAGGAGGGGAGGACGCGGGAAUGGCAAACUCAAACCAUCACAGGAAUCCAAAUUUCCGACGGACCUCCAGCUUUAAUGACAGUAGACUCCAACCGCCAUCAUCUGCACAGUCAAGACAGUUCAGAGAAAGAAGCAUGACUCAGGUCGGAUCUCGAACUCUUCCUGAGGGAAGUUGCUGGACAAAGGGAGGUUGGGAGCGGCAGCCGUAUCGCUCUUACCCCAUCCCAGAGCACGAGUCCUCAGAGUGGACUAAAUCCAGACCGAAGAGUAACAGCCAGAGGAAGCCCUGGUUAGAGACGGUGGUUCCUUCUCACAAUAACACGAACAAUGAGCUCAAACACACAGGAACCAACACAAACAACAUUUCAGCAUCAGAGAAACACGCUAAAGGAGAACUCAGUGGCAUCGGGGAAAGGCAAAAGAGCGGUAAGCUCGGAGGUGGAGAGCCAAUCUCCGGAAUUGGCGGUCCAGGCGUGGGGCCCGCCAGUCCUCAUGGGGUGAACCAGCUGAUCGUGGAUCGAGCCGAGCGAGCUGAGCUGAACUGGAAUCGCCGCGGCCCGUCGCCCAUACAGAGGAACAUCUUGGCCAGGAAAUUAAAAGAGGCUCAGUCCUGUUCUGCUGCCAGGGGGCGCCAGCGCAGCUCCACUUUCAGCGUGUCGUCCUCGGAGCAGAGGAAAGACCGCUGCCGCUCUCUGCCGAUGUCUGGGGACUACAGCGGCGGCGGCUCUUCCUACAGGCUGAGCGAGGCAGAGCAACGCAUGCUGGACUUAGAUCUGUCCUCGUCAUAUGUGAGGGAGGAGGAGUAGAUCACACAGGUUUCUAGCCAUACGUUGGAAAGGAACUGGCUUUGCUAUUUACAUUUAGCCUCAGCCCCUGACCUCAACCCUCUCCCAGGGUUAUGUGUCCCAGUAAUGACUCUACUGUGAUGUAAUAGCUCUAUCUAUGGGAAUGGGAGCAAAAAGAAAAUAUUUUUGUAUUUUUUUUUUUAUUAGUAUUUUUUCUGUUGCAUUGUUCCAUUGUUUUUGUAAAGUUAUGAUUAUCACUUAAUUGUAUUAAGAUCAGUUCUAGUCUAUCGUCAGAAUUGCACGUUGGGAAUGUAUUUCUGAUCUAUUCUGU